UUACUGUUGAGUAUGGGGAUUGGGGUUGGCCUACCCAUUAAAAAAAAUGUAUAAUGAAUAAUCAUGAUGUUAGCAUGAAUGUAUGAUGUUUAUAAGCUUUUAUAAAAUUAUUGUGAAUGCGAAUGAUUCAAGAAUAUUAAAAAUAAUUAUUUUUCUGAGUUUUUUAAAAUUUAUUUUACAAUGAACUAAUGCAAUUUUUAAAGUAAAGUAUAACAUUUACUCAACAUCGGUGUGAUGUAGUUAUGACUCUAAAUCCUGUUGUAUGAAAAUGUCUGCCAACGAAAACGAAUCUGUGGAUAUACGACUUUAUGGGAAUCGACGAUCUAAUUUGAUUGAUUUGGAAGAAUUUAACCGUAUGGAAAGACCUAGUCGAGUUUUCAGUAGCCGUCAUCAUUUAUCAAUUCCUCCAGUGUUAACAGAUACAAAUAAUAUGGAACAAAAUGAGCAAUAUCGUAGAUCAAGAGAUCAUAGCAGCUAUUUCGAAAACUUAAGUAGUUCGACACGAAUUGGUGGGAGUACAGCAAAUGGAGAUGCUGCAAGAAACCGAUCACCUUUUGUAAGAUUUACUAUUACUGAUCCAGAAACUCAGCAAAUAACAGCAGCUGGGCAAAUUCCAUUGAAUAAUACACCACCCAAUACUCAAACAUCAAACUCUCUUACAUCUAAUACUGAGCUAGCUGAUGUAUCAAUUAAUGAGGAAAGUGAUGAUGAACCUUUAAACCUUAAUUAUUGGAUAAAUAAUGUUGAUCCAAGACCUAACUAUUAUAGUUCAAUGCCACAAUUUUCUAUACAUCAAUUGAGAAACCCUAGAUCGGGAAGAAGAUCAAGGAGAUUUACAGACCAUCCUUAUUUUAUAAGAAAUAACUUAGAUAAUAAUCCCCCUAAUAACAGAACAAUCCACAGGCGUGUUCGUUUUUCAUCUACAAACCGAGGUUACAAUGAUCAUCCUCCUGAUAGAUCACAAACUCCAGAACAAGAACUUCCUGAAGUACUAGAACAUAUAAUGGAGCCUGACAACCAAUAUGAUGAAGUCUAUCAUGGUCAAGAAAGUAUCUCAAGUGUUUCAUCUCAUAAUGAUGCAGAUUCUGGUGAUGAUAGAGGAUCUUCACAUUUUUCAGCUUCUGAAAACCAUAACACAAAUGCAGAUGAAGAAAACAGAGAUGGUACUUUAGAUGUAUCUAGUGAAACUCCGAGAACAAGAGUUGUUCCAUUUAUUAUGUCACCAACACCUUUUAGUCCACCACCCGAAUCUCCUCCAGAUACUCCAGAAAUACCAGCAACAAGUAUAAACGACCCUAUAUUGGAUAUGUCGUCUAGAACAUUAUUGAUAAUGAAUAAUGUUAAUAGUCGUAAUUCUCUUUACAAUCAUAAUGGCACUUUAGUACCACUUACCGAUUACUUAACUGACCCAUCUCAGUUCAGACGUGUUGUACAUUCUGGCACACUUAAUAAUGAUAAUGGUUCAGUUAAUAGUACAAUUGAUGUAGGUUUAAAUAAUACAGAAAAUGAGACUGUUGAUAAUUCAGUUAUAAUUGAUCAAAUAGUCAAUCAUAUUAAUGAGGAUAAUAGUGAAACAAUCUCGAGAAUUCCUCAUCCUACAUUAACAUGUGCAAUGCUAAGUAAUAACCAAUCUAGAGCAACGGAAGAAACAGCACCAGUACGUGUUGAAGAACAUCCAGAAACAUAUGUGGACCUUAACGAUCAGUUAACACGUUUAUUUGAGUGUCCUGUAUGUUUUGAACAUAUUGUCCCUCCCAUUUUUCAAUGUCUACUCGGACAUUUAAUUUGUAACAAAUGUGUACUUAUGUGUGAAAAUUGUCCAACAUGUAGAAAUCCUUUCAACUCAAAACGUAACCUAUACAUGGAAAAAGUUGGUUAUUUGGUAAAGUUUCCCUGUAGAAAUGCUUUAACCGGGUGUAAGCAGCAAAUGUUUGUUGGUCAAAAAGAAGUUCAUGAGCAAGAAUGUUGUUAUAGACAUUACCAAUGUUUUUUCACUAAUUGUGCUUGGAAAGGUUAUUAUCCUGAAUUGCAUAACCAUAUGAUAAAUAAUCACAAUAACUACAUUCUAACUGGAUCAGAACAGUCUCUUGAUAUUAUGUUGCCCAAUAAUAAUCAAACAUGCAAGUGGUUUUUAUUAUCACACUGUGAAUAUUUUGCUGUAAUUGCUCAUUCAUCUAUGCCACCUAGACGAGUAAAGAUCCAAGUAAAUUUUAUUGGACCAGCAGUUAAAGCAAAACAAUUUAAAUUUUCUAUACAAUUAACUCAGCAUAAAGAUCGUAAUGAUAUGGCACAAAAGUUAGUGUAUGAGAGGUCAACUCUUCCAUAUUCAGAAAUCUAUGAGAUGUCUAACAACAAUGGUUUGAAAAAAGAUAUAUUUUCUUUACCUGGUGAAGUGCUAGAGCCAUUUAUAAAAAAUAGACGCCGUCGUCUACCUAUUGUUUUAAAAGUUGGCCCUGUGUCUUCCUUAUGAAUCUGGCAUCUACUAAUGAAAAACAUGUUUUAAUUUAUGUGUGUUUAGAUGUAUAUAAUGUAUAUAUGUAUUAUGUGUAGCAGUAAUUUUAUUCUUGUAUAAUAUAAAGUAUUAUAUUUUUAAUAUAAUAAUGUUUCUGUAUAUUUACUAAAAUAAUAGAGUUUAGACGCCAAAAUUGCGUAGUACGUAAAAUAUAUUUUCAUUUUAAAUUUUAAAACUAAAUUGUUCAAUAAAAAAAAAAAAAAUUGUAAUGAUCCUAUCAUUAAAUAGUAGGAUUGUGUUUUUAAGUUAUAUUAUUUUAAAUGUCAUAAAUGAUCUAUAAAUCAUUUUUUUGUACAAUAAACAUAUUUUUUAUUAGUAUUGAAA